AUGGUCAUGGAUGUCGCUCGUACGUCCAUGAUGCAUGCGGCUGCCCCCCAUUUUCUGUGGCCGUUUGCGGUGAGGUACGCGGCGCAUCAGCUCAACCUUCACCCCCGGGUCUCUCGGCCUGCGAUGUCCCCAGCCUUGCUGUGGACGGGGAAGGUUGGCGAUGCGUCUGUGUUCCGUGUCUGGGGAUCUCGGGCGUUUGUCCACGACUUGUCUGCGGACAAGCUGUCCCCUCGCGCUGCUCCCUGUGUCUUCCUUGGCUUCCCCACUGACGCCCCAGGGUGGCAGUUUUACCACCCCUCCUCUCGUCGUGUUCUGUCCUCCCAGGACGUCACGUUCGACGAGUCAGUCCCCUUCUACCGUCUCUUCCCCUACCGCACUCCUUCCCUCCCCCCUCCCCCGGACUUCCUUGUGCCGGUUCCCCCCCCGGUAGACCCCCUCCCCCCUCAGGUUCCUGCCCCCUCAGGUGUGUCCCAGGUAGACGCCGUUGACCCGGUCGAGGUUACUGGUGACUCUGGUGCUGCUGCGGGUGCUGAGCCUGGGGGUGCUGACUCUGGGGGUGCUGUGCGCGGGGGUGCUGAGCCUGGGGGUGCUACUGCUGGGGGUGCUGGGCCUGAGGGUGCUACUGCGAAGGGUGCGGAGCCUGGGGGUGCUGAGCCGGGGGGUGCUGUGCCUGGGGGUGCUGGGUCUGGGGGUGCUGGGUCGGGAGCUGCUGAGCCUGGGGGUGCUGAGCUGGGAGCUGCUGCGCCUGGGGGUGCUGCGUCUGGAGCUGCUGAGCCUGGGGUUUCUCCUGCUGCUGCGUCUCGCCGGGAGCCCCUCUCUCCACAGGAGCUGCGCGAGUGGUUCGCUCGCCGUUGGAGGCGUGCUGCUGAGUCUGGAGGUGCUGCUGGAGCUGGGGCUGGAGCUUCUUCGACCGUCGAGGGUGCGGGUGCUGCCGGUCCCGGAGCUGCUGGACCUGCAAGUCCUCCUGGAGCUGGAGCUGCUGAGGGCGUUGGUGCUGAGCCUACUGCUGUUGGUCCUGCCGCUGGAGGUGUGGGUGGCGCUGGUGCUGUCCCUGAGGGUGCUGGUGCUGUCCCUGCUGAGUCUGGAGCUGCCGCGCGGCCUCGGCCGUACUUCGUUCCGCUCCUGCAGCAGGUUCUUGGUCUUUCUCCUCCAGUAGAGGGUCCACCGCCUGUCCAUUCGCAGUCCCUGCUGGAGCCUUCCUCUCCACUGCCUGCUCCCUCUCCUUACACUGGUCCUACUGGAGGUCUUGCUGAGCGUCGUGAGCCUGCGUCUCGUCCCGCGUCGCCUGCUCGUGCUGCUCGCGCUAGUGGUCGCAGUUCGCGUCAGCGUCCUCCUCCUGUCCCUGGCACGCACCGGAUGUCUUUACGUCCGUCCACUGCUCCUCUGCAUGCCCCUUUGCCUUCUCCUCCUGAGUCCUCUCUUCCUGCGCUUGCCGACCCUGAGUCGGACUCUCUUCGUAAUGCCAGUCCUACUGUCACGCGUCUGCUUGCUACUGUCGUCACUGACCCCUCUUUUGAGUCCACUGCUGCGUCUGCUCUAGUCGCUGAGCUCGUCGACUUUGCUGCUCGCUGUCGUCUCGACUACGCUGCUAGUCUUGUUGCUGAGUCUGCGUCUGUCUGUCCUCCGUCCGUCGGGGGUGAGUGUGCUCUUGGCACGGACGUCCUAGAGGACAGGCAGGAGGAGUUACAGUGUCUAGCGGCUGCUUCACCUCAUCUCGCGUCUGUACUGCUUGCCCCUGAGGGAGACCCGGAUGCACUAGACAUCCCGACUCCGCGUUCUUACGCGGAGGCCGUAGAGGGUCCCUACUCCUCUCAGUGGCAGGCAGCUAUGGAUGCAGAGAUGGCUUCCUGGAAGUCCACAGGCACCUACGUUGACGCGGUUCCCCCUCCUGGGGCGAACAUCGUCAGUGGCAUGUGGAUCUUCAGGGUGAAGCGGCCGCCGGGCUCUCCACCUGUCUUCAAGGCACGGUACGUUGCUCAUGGCUUCAGUCAGCGGCAGGGAGUUGACUACUUUCAGACCUUCUCUCCCACCCCGAAGAUGACUACUCUUCGGGUGCUGCUGCACAUAGCCGCUCAGCGCGACUACGAGCUUCACUCUCUCGACUUCAGCACUGCAUUCUUGCAGGGUAGCCUGCACGAGGAGAUCUGGCUUCGCCGUCCACCCGGCUUCACUGGGACUUUCCCUCCUGGCACCCAGUGGAGCCUCCGACGGCCAGUCUACGGUCUUCGCCAGGCACCGCGUGAGUGGCACGACACACUGAGGACUACGCUUGCGGCUCUUGGGUUUGCUCCUUCUACUGCUGACCCGUCGCUGUUUCUUCACACCGACACUUCCCUGCCGCCGUUCUACAUCCUCGUGUACGUCGACGACUUGGUCUUUGCCACAGCGGACACUGCUGGACUCGCCUACGUGAAGUCCGAGCUGCUGAAGAGACACACGUGCACAGACCUGGGUGAACUGCGCAGCUACCUUGGCUUGCAGAUCACUCGGGACAGAGCACGCCGCACCAUUACCUUGACUCAGUCACACAUGGUGCAGCAGGUCCUUCAGCGCUUCGGCUUCACGUACUCCUCGCCUCAGGCCACUCCUCUGCCUACUCGCCACUCACUCUCAGCUCUGCCUUCGGAUGAGUCCGUAGAGUCGAGUGGUCCGUAUGCAGAGCUUGUUGGCUGCCUCAUGUACCUGAUGACCUGCACACGACCUGACCUUGCAUACCCUCUGAGCAUUCUUGCACGCUAUGUUGCUCCUGGGAGACACAGACCGGAGCACAUGGCUGCAGCGAAGAGGGUAUUGCGCUACCUGUGCAGUACGUCGGGCAUGGGGCUAGUGCUUGGAGGGCGGAGUCCAGUGGUCCUUACCGGCCACGCGGACGCUUCUUGGGCUGACGACCAGGCUACGCAGCGGUCGUCACAGGGUUACACCUUCAGUCUUUGUUCCGGCUCUGUCUCGUGGCGGUCUACUCGCUCGUCUUCGGUUCUCGGCUCCAGUUGUGAGGCUGAGAUCUACGCCGGGGCCAUGGCUGCACAGGAGCUUCGCUGGCUCACCUACCUGCUGACUGACCUUGGAGAGCCGCCUCGUUCUCCUCCAGUGCUGUACGUAGACAACAAGGCUAUGCUGGCCUUGUGUCGAGAGCAGCGCUUGGAGCACAGAACGAAGCACAUUGCUCUCCGCUACUUCCUUGCUCGUGAGCUGCAGCAGCGUGGUCAGUUGCGACUUGCGUACUACUUAGUGGAGCUCGUGGGGAAGAACGCAACAGCGAGUGUGGUGCGCAGCCAUGCGUCGGUUCUUCUUCUAUCCAUAGAAAACAUGCAAGGCAAGAUGGCAUUGUUGGACGAUCUGAUCGGUCGAGGGAACGCCGUGCUUGCAGUGGCUCGGUUUCCUUUGCUGCUGGCAUCCAAUGGGGAGAACCUUAAGAAGGGUUUCGGGGAACUUGUGCGAGAAUUGGAAGCGGCAAUGGAGGAGAGUGGAGGAGAGGAGAAUGGGAGGCAUAUGCUCGAGGAAGGUGCACGGAAGCUUGUGCGAGAAGUGGAGGAGGCAUUGGAGGGUCGUGAAGAUGGUGGGUUUGCAAGAGAAAGCCGGACUCCUGAAGCGCCUCAUAUAGAAGCAAGAGAAUGUGCAGCGCAAGGGGGAAGCGAUGCUGGCUGUCAAGCAGGGUCCAAGGCCUGGGCUGAAGCAGGGGCAGAAGAAGGACCAGGUUCUAAGAGCAUUGCUGGCACCACAACUUUUUGGAUCGGCGAAUCAGUCCGCGACAUGUGGCACUGCUGA